AUGUCAGCCGGUGCUUCCUCGACCAGUUCUAAUACGACGGCCUCUCAUAGCCCACCAAAGUCUCUACUUUUACCGCCCAUUAAUUUCCCAAUUUUGAAUAAACGCACAUCGAACGAGCUGGCCUCUACAUCAUCAUUUUCCACCAUGAUCAAACAGCCUGGCCAUCAUAUUUCACCUGAAUUCAUUUUAUCAGGAUCCAGCCCAUCUACGAUUUCAUCAGCUUCGACAAACAAAAGCGAAGGAUUGCAAUUGACACCUUCCCCUUCUUCUCCGUCUUCUGCAAUGUUCCAUUUCGAACCUUUUAAACUUUCCGCUGAAAGCUCGCCCUAUAUCCCCUCCUUUAUGAACUCCCCUAAUUUUUAUCAUACACUGCUAGAAUCUAAGCCCCCUGGACUAGUUGCGUCUACCCAGUUAAGUUCAAGUUCUGAGACUUCAACGCCCGCUAUACCGCCUGUUGUGUCGUUAAAUCAAGAAAAAAACAAGCAGAACCCCGAAUCAAGUGACUCGUUUGAUGCACCUGGUCAACCUAAGGGUCAAAUUACAAUACUUAAGCGCUUAGCUUCUUCUUCUUCUUCUUCUUCUUCUUCUUCUUCUUCUUCUUCUUCUUCAGCAACCGCAAUAGCAUCCUCGAAUGAGGAGGCUUCGUUGGGAAUUUCCAAAUCAGCUACAAUCAAGAUAGGGCCUACUCAUUCUUCAGGAAACGAUCAGAAUUCCAGUCAAACAAAGACUACCAGCACCAAGCUUCUUCAAUCUAAACCAUCCCUUGAAGCUUCAUCUUUACCGAAGCCAAUUUUAGAGUCAUUUUUUGCUUCGAAGCAAUCUAUAGAGCCCCAGCCUAUUUCCAGGUCUGAAUUGGAAGCCGAAAUCACAAAGUCUAUUUGCUCUUCUAUUGAAAAGAAUCUUUUCCCCAGGAUAGAGGCUUCAAUCAAAAGUUUAAUCGAUGAUGUAGCAAAGUUCCAGGUUAAUUGUACCAAAAAAUGUAGCCUCGUCUUAUUACUUUCCAUUUAG